CCACGUGGCCCGAAAGGUAAACCGGAUGGCCGUUGCGCAAAGGCUCCUCGUCAGUAUGUCCUGCGAGGCCGGCACGCCGCACUGGACGCUGACCGCGGUGGUUCUCCUGGGCUUUCUGCUGGGGAUCGUGUCAGCGUACCCCUUACCGAGCGGCAGGACGAAUGCAACUUUACUGGAGAAAAGAUGGGAGACCCUCUUCUCUCGCUCUGUGCUGGGGAUCUCCGGAGAGAAACCGGAGCAGAACUGGGAGAGUGAAUAUCUGCUGGGCAUCAAAAGAGUGCGGAGGCUCUACUGCAACGUGGGCAUCGGGUUUCACCUUCAGAUCCUCCCCGACGGCAGGAUAAACGGUGCACAUAAUGAAAACCAGUACAGUCUAAUAGAGAUCUCCACGGUGGAGAGAGGGGUGGUGAGCCUAUACGGGGUGAAGAGUGAGCUGUUUGUCGCAAUGAACAGCAGAGGAAGGUUAUACGGAACGACAGUCUUCCAUGACGAGUGUAAGUUCAAGGAGAGCUUGCUCCCAAACAACUACAACGCCUACGAGUCUCUGGUUUACAGAGGCUCCUACAUAGCACUCAGCAAGCAUGGCCGCGUGAAGAAGGGCAACAAGGCCACCACUGCCAUGACUGUGACGCACUUCUUACCCCGAAUAUGAUGAGCGAAAAAAAAACUGGCAAUGACAAACUUAUUUGCACAUGUGGAUUAUUUCCCAGGUAACCUAAAUACCGUAUACAUACGUACAAACACAAAAUACAAAAUGGACUGUAAAAGAAAGAAAUACCACUAUAUCUGAUAGUAUUUAUUCUAACUUUAUAUGUAUAUUUGGGUAGCUUACUUUGUAUUAGAAAUGAUGGAAAUGCCAUUCUUUGCUGCUUUUAUGAUUUUCAUCAUUUUGUGAUAUGAAGGGGAUGGAGCGAUGUCAAUUAUCCCCUCAGUUUUUAUGGGUGCUUGCUGGAACUGGUUGAGCCUUGCUUGGCCUGUCAGUGGUUCAUCCUUUUUUUGGAAAUGAAAAGGAUACGUUAUUACCUCAAAGCACCAUAUCCUGAGAAGAAGAGGAAGCAGAAAAAAAGAGAAAUGUGUGCAUGAAAUUUCUACAGAGAGGAAUGCCUGUUUACUGAAAAAUGUUUUUGUUGUCAUCCAUGAAGGACAUUUCCCAUCCUCUAUGUUCGAUUGUCUCUGUCCCUGUCAGGGCAACUAGAGCACUUGCAAAUAUGGCGCUGGAUUUUCUUGCGUUGUCAUGAGGUGGCGGUGCCUUGAAUUCCUUCUUGCGACCCCCUUCCCCUCGCAUGUGAGAAACGUGGUGCUCGAGUCAGAAAUAGGAAUGAAACGCAAGUCAUCACUCCCUCUGACAGCGCCCCCCGGGGGGCUUUAGCCCAAUUCCUAGAGGGCCAGAGGUUUCUCUACUUUAUUUUCUUUCCAUAAUUAGAUAAAUUAAGUACUUGAGACUCUAUGCUGCACAGAACCCAGUGGAGCCUCUUGUUAAAAUUGAAAGCUAGAUUUAGAGUCAGCACUCAUCCCCCCUUCCACCCCCCUGCCCAUUUUAUCUAAGGGAGCUUUGACAA